AUGAGUACUGCUGAGGAGAAAGCGACGACGGCGCCUAAAACUCCUUCCGAUUUCCUGAAAUCUAUUCGGGGACGUCCCGUUGUGGUUAAGCUCAAUUCCGGAGUUGAUUAUAGAGGUAUCCUAGCCUGCUUGGAUGGAUAUAUGAACAUAGCAAUGGAGCAGACCGAGGAAUAUGUUCAUGGGCAACUCAAGAACAAAUAUGGCGAUGCUUUCAUUCGAGGGAACAACGUUCUCUACAUCAGCACGACGAAGAGGACGCUUGCAGAUGGUGCUUAG